AUGAAUAUUUCUACUGUUGCUCGUCCACUAAGUUCUAUUCGAUAUCCUCAAGUUGAUCGACUUAGACACAUUGAUCUAUUUGAUUCAUCAUCUGGUCUACCAUCCAUUCGUCGCCUCCUUCAACAUUUACAAGCUGAAGGCCGUCUCGAUGAAAAAUGUGCUUUGCAUCUGGUUAAUCUCGCUCGACGAACAUUUGAAAGUGAACAGAAUAUAUUAAUUGUUCAGCGACCUGUUACGAUUGUCAGCGAUAUUCAUGGACAAUUCUAUGAUCUUCUUACAAUAUUAUCGGCGGGUGGUGAACCAGCUAAAACACGUUAUCUAUUCUUGGGUGAUUAUGUUGAUCGAGGUCAAUUCGAAUGUGAAUGUAUAUUUUUAUUGUUUGCACUCAAACUUAAUUAUCCGAAAAAUAUUAAUUUGCUCCGAGGGUGA